AUGCCUUCGCAAAAGAUCUCUCCCACUCGUCGUAAGAAGAGGGCCACAGCCGACGACACCGAUAGUGAGCCUAGAAAACGACGAGCUCGCUAUGCUCUCCGCGCCUGUUGCGAGUGCAAGCCCCGAAAAGUACGCUGCGAUGGCCAUCUGCCGUGUGAGCAUUGUCAAAGCCGAUCGAUUCAGUGCAUCUACGACACAGAUCCCAAGUUGCUCACAAACUGUGCGUGCGAUGCUUCAACCCAGAGGAAUGACUGCAGCGAGCAUACGAGCGACAGCACAGAAGAUACGAGUGAGAUUGGACGCUUAGCUCGCCUUGUUGAGAACAUGCAAUCACAAAUAAAUGUCCUGAUUGAGCUUAAUAAGGGACCAUAAUAAGGGACCAAGUAAUGGCCGGG